AUGACCCCCAGUUCUGAUGAUGUCUAUCAUAUGAUGGACGAAAGCUUAGCACGUUUUAAUCCGAAACGAGGGAGGAAGUCUCGUAGACUGCGUCAACAUGAAUAUCGUAUAAAGGCCAAACAGCUGCAGUUCAACGCGAUUUAUCCGUCCUCAUCUGGUGAGAACGGUCAACGAAUCUUUUCUUCAUUCGCUUUCAUGCGGACUGAAAGUCCCUCUGAUAAUUUGAUUGAGUUUCUCAAUUUUAUUGACCUUCUUGAUGAGCGAAUUAAAAUUACAAAAAAGGUGGAGGAGGAAGAAAUACUACCCCUCCUAGAUCUUUAUGCGGCACCCGCUUCACAUAAACAUGUUAAGGAUUAUGAUGACGAUUCUCUUCUGUCUUCCGAUCUAUCCUGCAUGCAGCUUUCCAAGGUCACUCGCUUUCUUGGUUUGCUAAGUUUUAUUGGGCCUAAACUCUUUGCCUUACCGCAUAGCCUGGCGGAGGAUAUUCAGCGAAACUUGGCCUGUCUAACACCUAUUCCUACACAAACUCAAGCAGACGUACCAUCGUUAUCUUCCCAUAAUCAACAAUUGCGGAAAGAUGAAGAGGCUCUAAUGAUAAGCCAUAAAAAUAAGCAAUUUAUGGACAAACGGGUACAGUUGUUUAAAAGUCAAGACUUGGCAGAAAGAACUAGUAUUUUCCAUGAUGUAGCCGAUAGCACGAUGCCAAAAUAUCACAGAAGUUUGCUCAUAAAGCCGACAGAGUGUGUUCGAUGUUCUAUUCGAAUGGGCGUAGGUAACAUUCAUUCCUCCGAUCAUACUUCAGGUUGGCUUGCUAGAAUGAAAAGAAAUAAUGAUUGCAAUUAUUGUGGUCUUGCUGUUUGCGAAGGGAAUGAGGCUAAGCAUGAUAGUUAUAGUAAUGAAGCUAAGGAAGAAGGAAGAAAAGAAGAAGAAUUUAGGUCGCACCCGAGCAAAACGAGGCUAUUGACCCGCCGACAUCGCGGUUGUUCAUCAUUCAAUCUCAAGUCUACUGGUCUAUCCAACCAAGGUUUUUCCGAGUUGCUGAACUCUCUUCCUACAGGCAAGCUUUUCAGUCUAUGCAGCAAAUAUUUACCGCGUAAAAUAAUAAUAUUUGAAUUAAGAUUAAUGUAA